AUGGAGAUGUCUCAACCAAAACCAAUACUAAGAAGAGGGAAAAACGCGUGCGAUACCUGUCGGCAACUGAAGAUCAAAUGCCAGCCACUUGCAGCCGAGACGUCUUCCAUUUGUGUCAAAUGUUUCCAAGCUGGCGUCGUUUGCAUUCGGCCUGGGGGAAGAUCUUCGGAGCGUGCAGCCCUCGAGGCGGCAUUCAAUGACUCCAGGGGUGUUUUCACGUCUACUGCCGACUCCGUAGCAGCCUCACAUCUUCAGAGUCCCCUGGGCUCUUGUAGAGCUAGGGAAGCCCAUCGGAACCCAAGCUCCCAACCAAGCCUGUGGUCGACUGUCCGAACAGUCAAUAGUGAAACCAUCUUCGAUAUUUUGUUUCAGCAAUGCAGGCUAUCCCGUCUCACUGCAGAGAGCCGCCUACACCAGUUUCGUGACAUGGCUCUCUAUUUUCCGUUCAUUGUCCUCCCCUCUAGUUAUUCUCUCCACUGUCUAGCACGGGAACGGCCACUCUUGUGUCUUGGAGUACUCGCAUGCACUUCUAACAACGAUUCUGACCUCCAAUCAUCGCUUGGGGACCUUCUUCGGAAGAACCUCAUUGAACAGGUUCUAGUAUCUGGCCAGAAAAGCCUCGAUCUUCUGUCAGGCCUCCUCGUAUACCUGGCCUGGUACCAUUUCUUUUCCAUGCCUCGACGGGAACAUCUAGGCCAGCUAUUGUCCCUGGCGGUAAGCCUUUGCAAGGAUAUGGGGCUCACAGGAAGCAGAAAGGAGGCUGGGGUGCGUGUGCAUCGUUCGGUAUCGGGUCAGGUUAGCAGCAAUACCGUUACGUUAGACUCAGAGGCUCAGCGACUCUUUCUGGGCACAUACUACCUGGAAAGAUGCUACCACUCAACAUUCGGGACGGGAUACUCUCUGCUUUGCACAGAUCAUGUCAUGGAGUGCGCCAACUAUCUAUCUCUGAUGAGAGAGCUUCCAACGGAUUUAUUGAUAUUGUGCCUGAUUCAACAGCAGCAUGCAGCCGAGCAAAGUCAUCACACUUUCUCUAUGUUUCAGCAAACUCAGACGAAGGCUGAGUCGCGACGUGCGCUGGCCGAACUCAAAAGAGAUAUUAGAUGCGUGGAGAACACGCUUCAGGGAAUCAAAGAGUCCCUACCACCGUUACUGAGGACAUCCUCUCUGAUCGAAUUAUCUCAUUGCGAGUGCUUGUUCUAUUCGUUUGAAGGCGAUCUAGUCAACCCCUUCCGGAACGCAACUUUCUCCAGCCAUUCUCUCCGAAAGGACUCUGGACCGGCUUUAAUGGCAUUGAAAAGUGUAGUAACAGAGCACUGUUUUCACGGGGCAAAACAAUACCUUGACACCUUUCUCACCAUCCCAGCAUCUGACUAUUAUCUGCUCUCGUCUUGCCAGUGGGAUGGGUUGACCUACGCCAUCGUCAUCAUGUACCAGCUGUCCCUGGGACUUGUCCACGGCCAUGACUGGGGCUUCUAUACGGCUUAUGCACAGGCACCGUUGGAAGAGUACCUUCGCAAACUGUGCCAGCAAAUGGCAGUUGCUAUGGCCCUUUCCCCACAGAGCACGGUCGGCGACUGGCCAGUUCGCGAGCAACCAUCGCAACGCAAAAACUUGUUCUCUCUUCUUGGUUCCAUUUGGGCCGAUGUUCAAUCGUCGUUCACGCACCAAAUGCAGCUACAUCGAGAUUACUCUAGUCAAUUGCCCGCUCCCGCUGUGUCAAAUAAACCUAUGGUAGGUAGCAUUAUAGAUACCAUCAACUAUCAACUAACGCCCUUUGCCCCAGGUAUCCUUGUCGACGAAAUCGACGGGUGA